GCGGGAUCUGAUAAAGAAAAAUAUGGCAGAAUCUGAUAAACGACAUACUAACGCGAGUGUAUUGGAUUACUACGCCUACGUUGCAGAGAGCGGAGAAAGGUCGCCGUCGAGUUCGCCAUCAAGCAGCUACAGCGCAGAGUUUGGAGAGAGCAAUGAUAACCGACAAGCAAGCGUUUUAGAGCGUAUAGACAGUAAUAGCUUCACUCACUUGAACGUCUAUCGCCCAGACGCGGCUGAGGGACAGGUAAAAGUUGGCAGCUACGACUACAACCCUGAUAUGUCAGAGUUUAUGGCUACAGGCGUUCAGGAUGAUGAUCUACAACACGACCAGGGCACGUCUAUAGGCACAAUCCCCAGUGAUGUGCUCCUCAAACGGCGGAAGAGCGAUCUCUCGGUGAUGUCUAUAAAGGCACAUGACGAUCAAUCAGACAGUAGUACAAGCUCACAAUCAACUGUAGACCUUCCGGCCACCGGAGAAGACGCGAUGACAGUAACACGGGAUAUGCCCUUCCCGAACGCCUUCUUUAGUAAAAGCGUCUUGGAUGGUGCAAUCUCACCGUCUGAUAGAGCGAUGCGCAUGGCCGAAGCGAUAAACGCACUCGCGAAUGCAGCGAGUGGCAUGCAAAUAUGGUUGCGUUGUGUUGGGGGAGAGAAUAGAACACGUGGGUAUAGUCCACCACCGCUUAUCAAGCAUUCUGAAAGAUAUCGACGGGAGAAGACCACUAGUCAACAGCUAAACUACAAGAGUUCAAUACCUUCUAUCGGAAAAUCAAACAGUAUACAUUCCACAAAUGCACAAGGAAGUAGCAGUCCAUAUAUGACGACGCCUGUUGUACCAUACGCACAGGAAAGGCACCACAGUUCAGCCUCAUUCUCUACGAACUCGACUUUCCCAUUGAGGGGUGGUAGCGAUGUGAAUGUCGCCCAUGACCUCACCUCUAGGACGGCAGCUAUGGGAAUCACAGAUAGUCCGCCUGACAAAAUACCCGAAGAGCUGCCCUACCCUGGUGCAGCGUCAUUGAAGAAAGUUAGUAGCACCAAUAGCAGCGUUAUGACGCCCAAAAGUGGCAAAGCGAGUCGGGCAGCGGGUUUUUUCGCUAAUCUUGGGCGUCGAACAAGUGCGAAAUCCCCACCGAAGAAGCUACAAAUUGGAAACCCGUCUCCUAUUACCAAGACAGUUGACCUUCCAAACAGUAAGAGCUCUAUUUCACCACCGCUAUUCAGCCCAGCUAGUUCAUCUCCACCUACAAGCCCGAGCGAACCUCCUACCGCACCACCAGGGACAACAAGCUUCAGGGAUAAGGAGGUCACUGUACCCGCCAGACAUUCAUCACACAAGAAAGGAAGACAUCUCCCAUCUGCGUCGACAUCUCACAUCAAUCUCGAGGGGCUAGAUCGCACACCAACUGGACCGCGUGCUAAGCCGGGAAGUAAGACUCGUAAUAGCAGUAUAUUUAAUCUCGACCAUGUGCUCAACCCCGAACCAUUCCCUGGUCUGGCAAACCUAAAGCCUCCUUCCAAAUAUGGUUUGCGCGCCAGUACACCCGCACCAGUGAGGAAAUCUAGCAGGAAGAAUAUGCAGCAAGCAAGCAACAGUAGCGUUCCUAGCGAGGAUCUCAGUCCAGCUUUCAAAGCAAGUUUGAGCAGACUUGAGAAUUUACUCCCUCAAGCAUCUAAAUCUGAGCUCAAGAGUCAUCUCAAGAAGGCUAAUGGUGAUGAAAUGCGUGCUGUUGGAACAUACAUCGAAUCGCAACGCUAACGCUAAUACUAAGUCUACAUGUUUAUAUUUAUAUUACUUUUGUACAUUGUUAAUAGUC